AUCCAAAUUGUGUCUUCACUUGAACAAAAAAGCCCUUUUUAUAAGCUCAAAAAAACUCCUGAGCAAGACCCAACUUGGCUUUUUUUUCCAUCAUCAUCAUCUUCUUCUUCUUUGAGAUCCUCCACAUCAAAAUAAAUAUAUCAUACACAUGUGUUUACCCGAGGAACAUAGAGAAAGAGAAAUAACCAUGGCACUAGAAGCAACAACACUACUAUACCCACAACUACAACAACAAGACCCUUUUAGCUACGGUUUGAAAGACCCUUUUAGCUACAACUUUGAACAUGAAGAACAAAGUUCUAUUUGUAGUUUUUUCAAGAAUAACCAAAUAGAUAAUUAUCCUUAUGGAAAUUGGAGUAGUAAUAAUUGUUCACAACCACAAUCAUUGUUGCUACAAAUGGAUGAAGAUUUGUCAAAUCCAUCUUUAGAUAGUUCAAUUUUAACUAAUUCUCGUCCCAAAAAACGAAGAGUCAAAACAAGGAAGAACAAAGAAGAAAUUGAGAAUCAAAGAAUGACUCACAUUGCUGUAGAACGUAACAGAAGAAAGCAAAUGAAUGAGUAUCUCUCUGUUCUUCGCUCUCUCAUGCCUGAAUCUUACGUUCAAAGGGGUGAUCAAGCAUCUAUUAUUGGUGGCGCUAUUAACUUUGUUAAGGAACUUGAACAGAAGCUACAAUUUCUUGGUGUUGAGAAAGAAAAAGAGGGUAAAUCUGAAACCGUUGCAAAUACAAAAAUACCCUUUUCUGAGUUUUUCACAUUUCCACAAUACUCAACAAGUGGUAAUAAUAACUGUGAGAGUUCUGAGUCAAAUAUGGGUGAAGUUCAAUCUAGCAUUGCUGAUAUUGAAGUGACAAUGGUAGAAAGCCAUGCAAAUCUCAAAAUAAGAUCAAAGAAAAGGCCAAAACAGCUCUUGAAGAUUGUCUCAAAUUUGCAUGGCAUGUGUCUCACAAUCUUGCACCUUAAUGUCACUACAUCUGCUGAAUUUGUUCUUUAUUCUCUUAGUGUUAAGGUGGAAGAUGAUUGCAAGCUUGGAUCAGUGGAUGAGAUAGCUGCAGCUAUAUAUCAAAUGCUAGAAAGGAUUCAACAAGAGUCAAUAAUGAAUUAAGAUCUAAACUUUAACUAAUUUUGCAAAUUUUAAUUUAACUUCAAAAAGACCUCUUGAAAUGAUGAUGAUGAUGGUGAAUAUUUUUUUCUCUUGUUAAUUUCUUCUUUCAAGAUGUAUCUAAUUAUUGCAAAAGCUGCUCAACUUUUGUUAAUCUAAUGACUAUAGUGCCUUGAUGUGGGGGCUCCUUGUAGGAAUUUUUGUUUUGUUUA